ACCUCUUUGCCCCUGUCCUUUGGAUCGAUCAGGAUUCAGGAAGACGACGGAGGGGAUCUGAUCGAUCGCAUCCCAUCUCGUACGAGACGUCGCACUGUUCGGUCCCUCUAUCUGCGGACAGAGGGGGCGCGCCGGCGAACGACAGCGGAGCAAGGUGAAUUAUACCAGCGGUUAUUAGCCACAGUUUUAGAAGAUGGUGAAUCUCUGUGGUCUAUUCUUUCUCGACGCAUCGCUGGAAAAUUGUUGAAUUGGAGAGGCUUAGUGCUCUGAUGAUAUGUCACUCAGACUUCCAAUACCGCAAGGGCUUUCCUUUUUCAGAAGUGUUGGGUGGUUCGAAGACAGUAAGGUUGAUUCCGCUGCCAAGCAGCAGUUGUCGCCGAAAUUGAAGCUCCAGACAGAUAAAGAGGUGUACAGACCUGGUGAUUCAGUUACUGCGACUAUAGAAAUCUGUAGAUCUGCUUGUUUGCAGAAUGAUGCAGGAACAGUUUCAGGUGAAGAUAUCCCAUCUCUCUUGGUAGAUGGGCUAUCAUUUGAACUUAAAGGCAUUGAGAAGUUGGACAGCCAAUGGUUCUCUGUUCCAAAGACCUUACCAGGGUCUAAGCAGAGGAGAGGUGAGUAUUCGUUUUUGGACUGUUCGGCACCCUCAUUAGUCUCGAAAGUAAUAAUUUCUUCGGGGCAAACAAAAACAUAUAUUGUACGUCUGGAGCUCCCAAAGAUUUUACCACCAUCAUAUAGGGGCAUCAGUAUUCGCUAUAUUUAUUAUGUUAGGAGUACAUUGUUUGGGAGAUUGAUUGAAUUGGGUAAUGGAGAUCAAAAUAAAGGCCAUGCAAAUAGUGCGGUUCAAUUGGAAGCUCGAGUUCCACUGCAGAUAUGUGUUUCGCAGAAAAGCAGCAACCUACUUAACGAAGAAGGGAGUUUCCCACUCUCAGUUGAGCACCUGAGUAUAUUUUGGAGGGAAAAAGGUGAAGAUUCAGAAUGGAUCAGAGCGAAUGACAAUACUGAUCUAGAAGAGGGAUAUGAUAGUUCAAAAGAUGAAGUUUCAUCUGUUUCCUCAUACAACCCUUCUAAAUCAAAUACAGAUUAUCCCCUCAGGAGGUCGAUAUCUACACAGUCCUUGUCAUCACGUCUUUCCACAAGUGAGGCGUUGCAUUCUCAGGGAGAGCAUCCCACUUUCCCAUCAUAUAGUGCAAUUCCUCGAUUGUCAGUGUCAGAGAUUUCAGAUGAUCAUGGUGGAGGAAUGGUGUCACCUCAAAGGAAGCUAAACCAGUUGCUUUCAGAUCAUCAUCCAUCAAAUGGUCAAAGGUUUUCUCUAGAUUCUGAUCGGCCAAAAGAUGAUGUUGGACUCCCUCUCACACCAAAACAUGUCGAACCGUCUGGCUCAGAAGGCUUUAUGAGAGGAAGAUCAUACAAUAUCCGGAUAGAUGAUCAAGUCUUGCUUCGUUUCUCACCCAAGAAUUCUGACUCAACUUACUACUUUGGUGAUAUGAUUGGUGGAGCACUCACUUUUUUUCAUGGAACUGGAACACGGAGAUGUCUAGAGGUAUCUAUAACCUUGGAAACAUCAGAAACAAUCAAUCCUCGUGUAAUACAUCCUUCAAGAAGGAUCUCACCCACAAUAACCAAGGUACACAGUGAACAUCAUGAAGUUGUUGCAGAUCUUCAUCAGACGAGCUUUCUCUUUUCAAUUCCUAUUGAUGGACCAAUGUCAUUUGCUACCUCAAAGGUUUCUCUACAAUGGUCCCUUCGAUUUGAGUUCUUCACAACUCCUCCAGGAAUGGACCCAUCUAGGUACGAGCAUCCACUUCUUGUUGAGAAAAGAGAGAAGGGGGACUGGGUCCUCCCAAUAACAGUGUAUGCACCUCCAUUGCGUAGACGAGCUACUCAUGGAAGAAAUGAUAGAUCCGUGUUAGUUGGAAAUCUGUUCAACUCUUAAGGGUAUGCAGUCUUCUUGCUAUCUGUAACUAAAAUUUCAGCUAUCCUGCAUUUGUUUUCCAAAACUGUUACUUCCUGAAGCUGGAAUGGAAUUAGAGAAGUAGUUUUAUUAUUGCAAUAAAGUCAAAAGCAGUUGCUCAUAGUGAGUAAAUGAUCUGUAAAUUUGUAAUACCAACCAAAAUGUUUAUUCUUACUGGAUUGCAGACUACCUUCUGCUUGGUGUAUAGCUAUAGUUUGAUUGAACAAUUUUUGCUUAUUC